GCUACGAGCGGGGCGGGAGCGCGUCUCAGCUCGUCCCCGGUGCUACCCUCCGGUCCCCCGUGCUCUGGCCUGGGGUCUCGGGACGGGAAGCUCGGCGAAGGAAAGCGAGUGUGGGGAGCAGGGCGGAGGGGUCGAGGCGCGCUGCGCUGCCUCCUGCUCCUCGCCGGGUGCUGCGGGCCCCGGGCGCGCGGGGCUCCGCGGCGCGCGCACUAUGCGGGCGGAUUGCCGGCCGCCGGGAUGGCGAGCCGGGCGCCGCUGAGAGCCGCGCGCAGCCCGCAGGAUCCCGGAGGCCGGGCCGCGCCCGCCGCCACCGGCCGGGCCCCGCUGCCCAGCGCCGGCUGGUGUCCCCUCCCUCCUGGCCGCAACUCCUCCUCCAGGCCUCGGCUGCUCCUUCUACUGCUCCUACUGCUCCUACUGCUCCCGGACGCUGGAGCCCAGAAAGGUGAUGGAUGUGGACACACUGUACUAGGCCCUGAGAGUGGAACCCUUACAUCCAUCAACUACCCACAUACCUAUCCUAACAGUACUGUGUGUAAAUGGGAGAUUCGAGUAAAGACGGGAGAAAGAAUUCGCAUCAAGUUCGGUGACUUUGACAUUGAAGAUUCUGAUUAUUGUCACCUUAAUUACCUGAAAAUCUUUAAUGGAAUUGGAGUCAGCAGAACGGAAAUAGGCAAGUACUGUGGUCUGGGUUUACAAAUGAAUCAGUCAAUUGAGUCCAAAGGCAGUGAAAUCACAGUGCUGUUCAUGAGUGGAAUCCAUGCUUCUGGUCGAGGAUUUUUGGCUUCUUACUCAGUUAUAGAUAAACAAGAUUUAAUCACUUGUUUGGAUACUGUAUCUAAUUUUUUGGAACCUGAGUUCAGUAAGUACUGCCCAGCUGGCUGUCUGCUGCCUUUUGCUGAAAUAUCUGGAACGAUUCCUCAUGGAUAUAGAGAUUCUUCACCGCUGUGUAUGGCUGGAAUCCAUGCAGGAGUAGUGUCAGAUGUGCUGGGUGGCCAAAUCAGCGUUGUGAUUAGCAAAGGCACCCCAUAUUACGAAAGUUCUUUGGCCAACAAUGUCACUUCCAUGGUGGGAUACUUAUCUACGAGUCUGUUUACAUUUAAGACAAGUGGUUGCUAUGGGACUCUAGGGAUGGAGUCAGGUGUGAUCGCCGAUCCCCAGAUAACAGCAUCAUCUGUACUGGAGUGGACUGACCACAUGGGGCAGGAGAACAGCUGGAAACCCGAGAAGGCCAGGCUGAGAAAACCGGGGCCUCCCUGGGCUGCUUUUGCCACUGAUGAGCAUCAGUGGCUGCAAAUUGACCUUAAUAAGGAGAAGAAGAUAACAGGCAUCGUAACCACUGGAUCUACCCUGAUAGAGCACAAUUACUAUGUGUCUGCCUACAGAGUUCUGUACAGUGACGAUGGGCAGAAAUGGACUGUGUACAGAGAGCCUGGUGCGGCUCAGGACAAGAUAUUUCAAGGAAACAAAGAUUAUCACAAGGAUGUUCGUAAUAACUUUUUGCCACCAAUUAUUGCACGUUUCAUUAGAGUGAACCCUGUCCAGUGGCAACAGAAAAUUGCCAUGAAAGUGGAAUUGCUGGGAUGUCAGUUCACUCUGAAAGGUCGCCUUCCAAAGCUUACUCAGCCUCCCCCACCUCGGAACAGCAAUAACCUCAAAAACACUACAGUUCAUCCCAAACUAGGUCGUGCCCCUAAAUUUACUCAAGCACUCCAACCACGAAGUAGGAAUGACCUUCCUCUGCUGCCGGCCCAGACAACUGCCACUCCUGAUGUCAAAAACACGACUGUGACUCCCAGUGUGACCAAAGAUGUUGCACUGGCCGCCGUUCUGGUUCCUGUGCUGGUCAUGGCCCUCACCACACUCAUCCUCAUUCUAGUGUGUGCUUGGCAUUGGAGAAACAGAAAGAAAAAAGCCGAAGGCACCUAUGAUUUACCCCACUGGGAUCGGGCAGGCUGGUGGAAAGGAGUGAAGCAGCUUCUCCCUGCCAAAUCGGUGGAACACGAGGAGACGCCAGUGCGCUACAGCAACAGUGAAGUUAGUCACCUGAGCCCGAGGGAAGUCACGACAGUGCUGCAAGCUGAUUCUGCAGAAUACGCACAGCCCCUCGUGGGAGGAAUUGUUGGCACACUCCAUCAGAGAUCUACCUUUAAACCUGAAGAAGGAAAAGAAGCGAGCUACGCAGAUCUAGACCCCUACAACGCUCCAGUACAGGAAGUGUAUCAUGCCUACGCUGAGCCGCUGCCGGUAACGGGGCCUGAGUACGCAACCCCAAUCGUCAUGGACAUGUCAGGGCACUCCACAGCCUCAGUUGGUCUGCCCUCCACAUCCACUUUCAGAACUGCAGGGAACCAGCCUCCCGCAUUAGUGGGAACUUACAACACUCUUCUCUCCAGGACUGACAGCUGUUCCUCGGGCCAGGCUCAGUACGACACCCCAAAAGGUGGGAAGCCAGCAGCUGCCCCAGAGGAACUGGUGUACCAGGUGCCGCAGAGCACCCAGGAAGCAUCAGGAGCAGGAAGGGAUGAGAAAUUUGAUGCUUUUAAAGAAACCCUUUGACGGUGGUGCUGCUUUUUACAAAGCAUCCAUUUAAAAGCACAUGGCUUUUUAAUUCUUAGUGGUAGUAAUAGUAGAAUGUAUUACGUAUCUGUCACUAAAGUGGUUAGGGGAUGUGGUGACCGAGGUACAAGAAACUACUUGCCUUGCCAUCUUGCUUUAAAGGUGUUCCUAUGUGGCACAGUUACUGCUUGCCUGUUACAUUUGAAACAUCCUGUUUGUUACUACUGUAAAACACUAUUUUUAAUACAGAAAAAGCUCCCUAUAAUGCACUUCAAAGAAA